CUAAAUGAUAAAUAACCCAAAAUGUAGACAAAGUGAGUUUGACAGCUUGCUGAAGAAUAAGGAGUCAAGAAAGAAAAGAAACAAGAGAUAUGUUACCAAUAGCAACUUGGAUUGGGCUUUGUAUCAUUGAGCAAGUUUGUGUGUGAUAGGAGGCUUACUCAGUAGUUUUGAUGAAAGUAAUUUAGCUGGAAGUGCUUAUAAGGUGUUGCAAGUGGCUGUAUACAUGAAGGGAGCUGCUGUCUUGCAUUAUUUGUUACAGAAUUGGCUGAUGCAUAAUUUAGUAUUGUCCUUUGAGAGUAUACAAAAGAUAUCAAAUGUUUAUUACUUUUUGAUGAUAAUCUGGUAUUUGUAUGUCGCAAGAAGUUUUCUAUACCCAGAAGAUGAGACAGUACAAGAGAACAGAUAUCUCCUACUUUUCCAUAUGAUUCUAAUCAUUGAAGCUAUCUUUUACUCUUUUGGAUUGGGUAUAAAAAAGUUAGAAAAUACUCGCCGAGUCAGAAAUUCAUUCCAACAUCUAUAUAAUAACAAAUUUAUUGUCAAGAAGAAGUUUAUCAACCAUCUAGAAAAAGUUCAAAAAUGCAGACACUUAAAAUACAAAGAAAUUUGCAAAAUCUGAGCCAAAAAAUUACAACCCCACCAAAAAGUAGUCCUCGAACUAAAUAAUUCACAACUCCUACAUCUAUAUUGUCCCCAACAAUCUACCAAAACCCCCUCUACCCAAACCAAACAAGAAGACAACCCCCUUACCCACCCUCUACCGCCCACCCCUUAAUUCUCCCAAUCAUCCCUUACCCUACCUUCCUCUAAA